AUGUCAUCUAUCAUAACCCCGCAUAUUGACAAUUAUGCAAGCUAUACUUGCAAAGCCCGGCACUCCCGCUGCGACGAGAAGAAGCCCGUGUGCGGUAACUGCGAGCGACUCAACCUCGAAUGCAAACCAUCCGAAUUCAUAGCUCCCUCAACCUGGAACAAAAGCGCGGAACCUACCACUCAAGCACAGAGCAGCAAUGAUCCAUCACCUCUGUCAUCCGAAGCUCCUGGCUCAACAUGGGAUAUCUUCAAGGCAUUCGCAAGCGUGGAUUUCGCUUCUGAUGAAACACCUCCUGAUAACGUCUUUUUAUAUCUAAACCUCGAUCCUCCAACCCUCCCAGCUCCAACGUCUCCUCCUAGUACAGCAUUAGCGGUCUCGUUGACUCCCGAGACAGCCUUCCUGCUCCAGACCUACCUUCGCACUGUAGCAACAUGGAUGGAUCUCAUGGACCACGCGAGCACGUAUCAACUCUCCAUACCGCGCUUAACGCUCACAUCACCCCUUCUUUUCCACUGCAUAUGCGCCGUCACAGCAAAGCACCUCGCGCUCGCCAACUCAAGACAUAACUCCUCUUGGGAUCCCGUUGCUCGUGAACAUUAUGGGCAGUCUCUCAGGCUCCUAAUCGACGAGCUCAACACACCUUCCCAUGGCCAUGCACUCACCGCGACAAUCAUCCUCUCGGGUUACGAAAUAAUCGCGAGCAUCUUCUCGGAACACCACAGACGCCACUUCCUCGGCCUCACCAUGCUCAUAAAAAACCACAACAUAACCGCACAAUCCACCGGCAUCGACCGCGCCAAUUUCUGGAUCUAUGUCCGACAUGAGAUUGGGUUCGCACUCGCGAAUGAGAAGCCGCUUAUGUUGAAUCCGGAGGAGUGGGCCGUAAGGUUGGAAUACGGCGAGACCAGGGAAGAUGUGCUGGGUAAUCAUGUCCUGUGGAUUCUCGCGCGCGUCAUCAACCUUGUGUACGGCGAGGAAGGAACUACGGUGGCCGUGAAACGGCAUAGAGAAGCUUUUCUGCGGGAGUUGGAGGAGUGGCGUGCAGGGCUGUCUGACACCUUUGUCGGCAUUCCAUACGGCGAAGCCGAUGAGGAGGGUUUCCGGAAGGUGUACUUCACUGUCACAGCGGCCGUUGCUGGAGCAUUCUGGUACCACAUAAUCCACAUCCUGCUCUAUACAGAGCCUACCCUCCAAGACGUGUCUUACAUACCACUCAUCCAAGACCAAGCAAUAGCAAUAGUCAACAUUUCCAUAUCCGAGUUUCCUGACUCGCUGCGCGUAAAUGCCUCGCACGGGUUGUACUACGCGGCGAAACAUAUCGACGGCAUAGCACGCAAAGCGCGCCUAUGGAACAUACUAAAUGACGUGGAAUCGCAACUGGGGUAUCAUACGCGGACGCAAGUAAAGCGAUUGCAACAACUUGUGGAGCAGGGUGCGUAG